UCCCAUAUGUACUAGUACUUGCGAUAGAGAAUACUUAACCUAGCAAAAGGCCAUUUGCAUUCUACAGACAACUGGGGAUCAGGGGCGGACUGACAACUCAUGGGGCCCCCGGCAAUAGGGUUCAUGGGGCCCCUGUGUCCUUGCCCAAACUCAAAAAAGCCUAUGAAAAAGGUACCAGGGGCAACUCAUGGGGCCCCCUACUGACCCGGGCAGUGCCCGAGUUUUCCAAAUGGUCAGUCC